CUGGAAGGCAGACGUGAAGAGGACUCUGAUCUAAACGACUACACCAGGUUGGAGAAAUGUCUUCAGAUACAAUAGAAGUACCUGCGCUGGGUCGACCUUUCACCUUAGGGAUGCUCUAUGACGCCCGGAAAGAUGAACUGAUCCCAGGUUUCUCUUUGUGGGAUAAAACAACUCUAGAAGAGAACACAACUGAAACCCCUAAACCCGGCUGUGAAUUUCAGAUUAUGGCAGAAGACACCAUUGAUUCCAAGUCUUCUCUGCUGGAUGUUGAAGUUUCUCUGAAGGUCAGUGUCCUGAGUGGACUGAUUGAAGUUGGAGGAUCUGCCAAGUACCUGAACGAUCAGAAGAUAUUCAAGAAUCAGAGCAGAGUGACACUUCAGUACAAAGCUACCACCAACUUCAGACAGUUAUCGAUGACCGAACUUGGAACACAGAACAUGCAACAAACAGAUGUUAUUAAGAAGAGCUCGGCAACGCAUGUGGUCACAGGCAUCCAAUAUGGAGCAAAUGCUUUCUUUGUAUUUGACAGUGAGAAGUUAGAAGAUAGCAAAGUUCAAGACACCCAGGUUGGCAUGCAAGCUGUGAUCAAGAAGAUUCCAUCAUGUAAACCUGGGGUGGAAGCUAGAAUCCAGCUCACCAACGAAGAAAAGGUCCUGACAGACAAAUUCUCCUGCAAAUUCUAUGGCGACCUCCUCCUUGAAAGCAACCCUGCAACAUUUGAUGAAGCAGUGAAGACCUGCAAAGAACUUCCAAAGCUACUGGGAAAAAAGGGAGAGAAUGCUGUUCCAUUGAAGGUCUGGCUGAUGCCGUUGAAGAAUUUUGAUUCCGAAGCCGCUGAGCUGAAGCGUGAGAUCAGCGUUGGACUAAUGAUGAAAGCUAAAGAUGCUCUAGAAGGUGUUGAACAGAUAGAAAUGAGAUGCAACGAUUCUCUGGCAGACAGAGUGUCAGAUGAUUUUCCACAGAUGCGCGAAAUGCUGAGCAGUUUCCAAAAACUGUAUCAUAAUUAUACAUCUGAGCUCCAACAGGACAUAAAGAAGGCACUUCCCGCCAUCCGUGAAGGCAAUGAAGAUGAGAGCUCAUUAGAAAAACUCUUUGAAGACAGAGACAAGUCACCAUUCAGUCAGGAAAAUCUAAACAAGUUGAUGGAUCAUAAAGAGAGAGAGAUCAAUGUUAUCAGGUACUGUGUAGAUAUCAUAAACCGUACCGACGCAAAGAUCGUCCAAAGUAAGGCAGAGUUGGAGAGAGAGGUUCUUACUCCAGGUGUAGAAGAUGCUCUGUGCUUUGUUUUCACCUCUGUGGGAAGUACUGACCCCUUCCUUGAUGCGAUGACCAAAUACUUGGAUUCACCUGAAGAGGGAAGUACUGAUGAAGACUACGGGUACAUUUCAGAUGAAGUGUUAACCAAAAUGAGAGAGAAAGCCAAAGAUUUCCAUGAUGUUGCCAAAGGCCUGAAGGACAGCAAGCAAUUCCGUUUCCUGGUAGCAGCCUUAGAAAAUAAGGAAUACACAGGUGCAACCAUCUACCAUUACAAGGAGGGCAGUCUGGUUACUGAUGAUUUUACAAAGCCUGAUGUCCCUGAUGUGAGGACUGCACACGACAGAAGAGAUUUAAUCUGGUAUGCCUGUGAUCUCACCCUGGACCCAAACACAGCAAACAACAACCUCACUCUGUCUGAUGAAAACAAAAAGGCGACAUGUGGAGCAUUUCAGGCAUAUCCUGAUCACCCAGAGAGGUUUGAGACACAUUUCCAGGUAUUGUGCAAUGAGAAGCUAAGUGGGCGCCAUUACUGGGAGGUAGAGUGGGGUAAUGGUGACUGUGGUGAGGUUGGUGUAGCUCUUACAUACGAGGGAAUAGACAGGAAAGGAGACAGAUUACUGAGCAAGCUUGGACAUAAUUCCAAAUCCUGGUACUUUGGCAACAAAGGUGGGCUUCAAGCAUGGCAUGAUCGUCAAAGGCAUUACGGUCCUCUUCCUGCAACUGACUGCAGCCGAGUUGGAGUGUAUCUGGACUGGCCUGCUGGUACUUUGUCCUUCUACAGAGUCUCCUAUAACACACUGACACACCUCUACACCUUCAACACUACAUUCACUGAGCCGGUUUAUCCAGCUAUCUGUGCCAUGGUGAAAUCAAAUUAUGUCUUCCUGUGUCCAUUUUAAAUCGGAGCAGUAAGAGCACACACAUCUGGAGACAGUUUGUGGCUCCAGUCUAUCGAUUUAUUUUUCUUCCUAAGGCUUUUGCACAUGCACAAUGUUUUAAAAUAGCAACACUAAAUUGUAAGCACAGUUAUUAAAAAGUGCUAAGGAUUCUGAAUCUAUUUUUCCUAAAUCAUAGGGAGAACAAGUUUGUGGUCAAAUAUAUCAAUUCAAACACUACAAUGGCCCUCACAGAAUUUAAGAUCAAAAUUUCAUAGAUCUUGAAGGGCCACAUUCACACUAACUAUUAGUUUAACUUUGAGGUGACCUCUCAUCUAAUAACACUUGGAAUGGGAAAUUGUGAAUAUUCUUUGUUUUUGUUUCCACUUUGUGUUUUCUUAGUCUAGUUUUCUUGUGUUAUGGCUUCAUGGUUUAUGGGAAAAUAUGUCUCCAUGGUGCCAUCUACAGAAAAUACUGUGUAAUCUAAUCAUGUUUUUGAACACUAACACAACCGACUCACUAAGGACAUCAGUGGUGCGUGGUAACAGUUUCGCCUUUUGUUCGUUUUAAGGUUGAAAUUGUUGCUGUUUUGUUUUUCAUGCGCAAAAAAAAUUUUUAAAAGAGAAAAAAAUACACUUAAAUGAUCCAUAUUGCAAAGUUGUGAUCUUUUUCUUCUUCUAACACGAGUAUAAUGUACCACUCAGGAAACUUCUGCUGGUUUUUGUUUUUCUGGUUGUGGCUCUGGACAUUCUGCUCUGAGUCCAACCAAGAGUCCAUUUAAUCAACUGUGGUGUUCUGAACAGACAGUAACAACAUUAUCUUUAACUUGUUAGAUGUUAAGAAUGUUGCUGAUGUUUACAGAGCUGAAAUUCUCCUGGAUUGUAAUUUCAUAACAUCUCUCUACUUGAGUAGAAUAUUCAAUAAAGUGUCCUGAGUUGA